AUGAAAGCGCACCACUUCAUCAUCUCGCUCUUCGCCAUCGCAGCGGUAGCAACCCUCCCGCCCGCGACAGCUGAUGAGCCCACCAUGCCGCCCUCGGUUCCCCCUUCAGCACACUUCCUCCAGACGCCGAUCGAUCACAUAGCCAACUUCUUCAAGGGCUUCUCAGCCGGCACGGUGAAGGCUCUCUCCGAUAUGCCAGACAGUGUUGACGCCAUUGCUCGCAGCGCCCAAACGCUGAAGGAUUCCACUCAGACUGCUCUUGGAGAUCUGAAGGACAAACUCGUGGCCGUCGACUACGAAGAACUGCCAAAGCAGGCCAGAGACUAUAUCGCGACCUACAUCAAGGAGCAUCCCUAUCAGACAGCCUUCCACAUCGCCAACGGAAUCGUCUACUUCACCCCCGCCGCCUUGACCUCCCCGGUCCUCUCGUUGCUAGGCUUCACGUCGCAGGGGCCGCGUGCCGCGUCAGUAGCGAGCGGCAUCAUGAGCACAUUCGGCACCGGCGCAGCGAGAGGCGUCUUUGCUACUGCGCAGAGUGCUGCUAUGGGGGGUUAUGGUGCUGGAGCGGUGAACGGCUUGACGAGGGCGGGGAGUAUUCUCGCGGGGGCUGCACAGCUGUGGAGGCCGGCACAGGGCAAGAAAGACCACACGGCGAGUACGGAGGAUGGUGGUGGUCAAAUUGGGAGUAAGCUGUGA